UUUUUUUUUUUUUUACUUUUUCUUUUUUUCUUUUUUUCUUUUCUUUCUUUCAUUCUUUACUUUUGAUUAUUCCCUUUUCUAUAUAUCACCAAUGACUCAACCUACUGAAGAAGUAGAAUAUCAAGGAGAAACAUUCAAAUAUCAAGAUAAACUUCCUAAACUUCCUGUACCAGAUUUAAAAGCAACAACAGAUCGUUAUCUUGCUGCUUUGAAACCACUUCAGACAACACAAGAUCAUGAAAAAACCAAACAAAGUGUUCAAUCUUUUUUGGAAAACGAUGGUCCUAAACUUCAAGAAAAACUUUUAUCCUAUGCAACUACUCAAUCCUCUUAUAUUGAAGAAUUUUGGUAUGAUGCUUAUCUUCAACACAGUAACUCGGUAGUAUUGAAUUUGAAUCCAUUCUUUCUUCUUGAAGAUGAUCCCACUCCUCAACGUAAUGAUCAAAUCGUACGAGCCUCUAGUUUAAUUGCUUCCACUGUGACGUUUAUUGAUGCUCUUCGACGCCAUGAAUUGGAACCUGAUGUAUUUCGUGGUAUUCCUCUAUGUAUGUCUCAAUUCAAUCGAUUAUUUGCUACUGCGCGUGUCCCUACAGAAGAACAUGGGUGUUUCAUGUCCACAGCCAGUCAAGAGGCUUCUCAACAUGUGGUAGUGAUGGCACAUUCUCAAUUAUAUCAUUUUGAUGUAUUUGAUGAUCAAGGUCAAAUAGCUGUAACUGAAAAGGAAAUUGCUGCCAACUUACGUGCUAUUGUACGUGAUGCUAGUAAAGUACCUGUUCAAGAUAUCGCUAAAAAUGCUAUUGGUGUAUUGACUACGGAAAAUCGACGCAACUGGGCUCGCUUACGGACUUCUUUACAAAAAGGAAAUCAAAACAAUAGUGAUGCUCUUCGUGUUGUUGAUUCGGCUUUGUUUGUGGUUUGUUUGGAUCAUGUUGAACCUGCUACUAUUGAAGAUCUCUCUACGAAUAUGUUAUGUGGAACUUAUAAAUUGGAAAAGGGAUUACAAGUUGGUACAUGUACCAAUAGAUGGUAUGACAAGUUACAGAUUAUCGUUUGUAAAAAUGGAAGUGCUGGCAUCAAUUUUGAACACACAGGAGUGGAUGGUCACACCGUAUUACGUUUUGUAUCCGAUAUAUACACCGACACUAUUUUACGCUUUGCCAAAACAAUCAAUAGUCAAACUAAAUCCAUUUUCCAUUCUUACAAGAAGAAUACAAGUCCUCCUCCUCGUGGUCCACGUACUCGAUCUGGUUCUGGUUCAGAUGCAUCCUUUGAUAUUAAUCCUCGACGUAUUGAAUGGGAAAUGACGGAAGAAUUGGCUCUUGGUAUACGUUAUGCUGAAACACGGUUAUCGGAUCUGAUCUUACAAAAUGAAGUUAAAGUAUUGGAAUUCACAAAAUAUGGAAAGUAUUUCAUCACCGAUAUGAAAAUGUCACCGGAUGCAUUUGUUCAAAUGGCUUAUCAAGCAGCUUAUUAUGGUCUUUAUGGAAAAUUGGAAUGUACUUAUGAACCUGCGAUGACGAAAACAUUCUUACAUGGACGAACAGAAUCAGUACGCAGUGUAACAGAACAAUCAUCAGCAUUUGUCAAGACAUAUUAUAGCAAAGAUAGUACACCACAAAUGAAAUUGGAUGCUUUAAGGGUGGCUUUGAAGAAACAUACUCAACUGACUAAGGAUUGUGCUAAGGGUCAAGGUCAAGAUCGUCAUUUGUACGCCCUUGAAUGUUUGUUUGAACGACUUCAUAAAGGUGAAAACAAACCAUUAAUCUUUUCUGAUCCUGGAUGGCAUACAUUGAAUCAUACAGUACUUAGUACUUCGAAUUGUGGAAAUCCAGCUCUUCGUUUAUUUGGUUUUGGUCCUGUUGUAUCUGAUGGUUUUGGUAUUGGUUAUAUUAUUAAAGAAGAUGGCAUUGCGUUUGUAGCGUCUUCCAAACAUCGACAAACAGAACGAUUAUUAGCAACAUUGGAACAAUACUUGAUUGAUAUCCAACAAAUGUUAAUGAAUGAAAAAUACCCAGGUGGCAUGUCUCAACGUCAACGUUUAUUGGCCAUGGAAGAAGCUCAUUCUUUGGUGAAUGGUUAUUCUUAUUUUGAUAAUGGUGAAGAGGAUCAGUAUUCUGUCGGAACUUCCAAUUCGGAUGAAAUUACCUCAUCUAGUGCCUCAUCUUCGCAUCGUAAUUCAAACGCUUCUCCUGCUUCAAGUGCUACACCACCUGUUUCUUCUCGUAAAGUAGGUAAACGAUUGAUGUUACGCAAAACAGAUUAGAUCCCCUUUUUUAUUAUUAUUAUUACUAUUACUAUCGUUCUAUUUUAUUAUAUUCAUAUUCAAUAAACAAUCUUUUUACAUG